ACAAUGCAGUGAGAGACUGCUGCUGCAUCUCGUCGACUACCUGCUGCAUGGAUCCUCGUCUUGAGCAUUUCUGAUAGUUUUCUACUGCCAAUGACCAUCAUCGCUGCUUGGUCAGUACAGUGGUUUGCAUAGAGGAAGAAGAACUGGACAUCUGCAUAGGCUGGAUGAUAAGGCAAAUCUGCCAGCUCUGUCCCUCUAAACCUGAGAAGAGCAUUCGUCUCGGGAGCAACUGACUGACUGACUGACUGGGGACCGAACAGAGGUCAUUUGAUAAUCCCAUCGAGCAUUGAGUUGACCACCCACACGACGUUUCCGUGGGGAAGAAGUAAAGGGAAGUGAAAUGGAAAGUCGGGCAGUGGGGGAAAAGAGUGUCGUUAGUUUAUUGUACAAAGUGCUGUGUGAUGUGAAUUGUUAGCUGUUCUCAUUUAAGACUUACUUGAUCCAAACUGGUUUCAGACUACUGCUCCUUCUCUAUUGUUUGAGAACUGUGAAAUUUGUGUGCACCGUGACUUCAAGACUCUGCUGCUGAUGGCAAAUUAUUUCAUACCGGCCUCCGUUCGACGAUAUUUUACAUAAGUUUGAGUGAGUGAUGGGUGAGCGAGUCUCCUCUCGAACAAUUUGAAGUAGUGUAAAAAUCUUGACAAUUGUGUCAGGAAGUGUUGAAUUGGAAUAUAGCGGAACGAAUAAACAAAACCAAUAGAUAAACCGCAUGUGAAAAUCUGUAUCUUUCAGUCGCAUCCUUCUCGUCGUUUAUUCAAGUGCGUCCAUCCAAACUACUACUUGGAGGGAAAGAAGUUUCGCAAGGCCUUUGGGAUAAAAUGGGAUCGUAAUAUUGUCAUCUGACUAAUUACCUGCACCUUGAUCGGCAGAGUUGACUCCUUCAGCCGGAAGGAGUUCCAGGGUUGAGGACCAUGGCCAAGAUGCCGUCGAUGCGGACGGACGGGUCGGAGCCGGAGUACAGUGACGACGAAACGACGCCACUGGCACACAGCGAUAUUUAUGGAGGAAGUCACAAGAAUGUGGACACCAAGAACUGGGACGUGUUUCGCAACCUCCCACCAGAGACUGAAAGGGAGGACUAUGAGAAUCAGACUUGCUACCUUUUAAUCAUCAAGAGUUUGAAGAUCGUGGCAUACCUCGUGACAUUUGCCGUCGUGCUGGGAGGAUCCGUCUUGGCCAAGGGAAGUCUGUUACUGAUGACCUCACAACUCGAGCCGGAUAGGACGAUCCCAUUUUGCAAUAAGAAAUAUGGAAGAGACAAGAAAUUUGAGGCCUCCAUUUCCGAGGUGGAGCGCAUCUCGUGGACAUGGGCAAUAUUUUUUGCUUUCAUCGUCCCAGAAAUCGGGACUUUUAUUCGGUCCCUUCGUAUCUGUAUUUUCAAGUCAUGGAGGAGACCCACGGUUGGCGAAUUUUUAGUUCCCCUCAUUUUCGAAACUUGCCAUGUAAUCGGGUUGGCAUUAUUCGUAUUUGCCGUACUACCGACGAUGAGCGUGUUAAAAGCCGUUAUGCUUACAAACUGUGUGUGCCUUGUCCCUGCCAUUUUUGGGAUGUUAUCUCGUCACCCGGAGAGAGACGCGAAAGGAAAGUGGGUGCUCCAGUGCACUCUGGACGUGAUUGCGAUCCUCUUCCAAGUCAGUGGUCUCUUUUUAUGGCCAUUGUUUUCGGCGGAGACCAGUCCGCGACCUUGGCUCCAGCCCCUGUCCGCGUUCCUCAUCUCUUGCGGCUGGUGGGAAAAUUAUGUGGACGUCAACUCCCCCUUUGGCCUCAUUCGAGCCAUGGGAAAGGUUCGCAGGAAUCUGGACAUCAAAAAGACGACCCGCUAUUUCGUCUAUAUUUUCAUAUCACUCUUCAAAAUACUCGCAUUCUUCUCCUCCAUGAUGUUUGCUGUGUGGAUUGCUGGAGGAAAUGUCAACAACUUGUUUUCUAAAAUCUCCGAAGGAUUUUCUUCUCAUCAGAUCAACAUUACCGAGAUUCGCCCACCGGAAGUAGGAAUUCUGCCCGACCUUCCAGGAGCUUCACCACUCGUGGAUAUCAUUAAGGAAGAAUCUAAUGCAAGUCUGAUACGACGAGUUCUCGGUGUACAAAUAGUAGCAGCUUAUCUCACCUACAUUUUUGGGAAAUUCGCGUGUAAAAUCUGCAUACAAGGAUUUAGUUUUGCGUUUCCUGUCAGUUUAGCCGUCCCAGUUACACUCUCAAUACUCAUUUCACUUUGCGGGCUACGAAGUGAGGACGCUUGUUUUCUGGAAAAUACUCUCCCGCAGUACUUGUACUGGAAUUGUCCCAAGGAUGACUUUACCUACAGCUUCUUUACAAAAGAACAUGCAUGGGUUUGGCUCUUAUGGCUCUUGUCCCAAGCAUGGAUUGCAAUUCACAUAUUCAUGCCAAAAGCGGAACGUUUGGCCAGCACAGAACGUCUCUUUGUGACGCCGAUGUACAACUCGCUCCUCAUCGACCAGUCUAUGGCGAUGAAUCGACGGCGAGAUGACGACAAUGACAUUCGUGCUGACGACGUGGAACAAGAACCCGCAGAAACGGACUAUGAAGAAAUCAGAUCCAUUGACUCUUCUCACAAAGAAAAAGAGAAGGUUUUUAAAGGCGACACCAUCCCCAGAAUUUAUGCGUGUGCAACAAUGUGGCACGAAAACAAGGAAGAGAUGAUGGAAAUGUUGAAAAGUUUGCUACGGAUGGACGAAGAUCAGUGUGCGAGGCGAGUGGCUUUAAAAUACUUUGACGUGGUGGAUCCUGGAUAUUACGAGUUUGAAACUCACAUUUUCUUUGAUGACGCAUUCGAACUUCGAGAUGAAGGAAGUUUAAACUCUCCCGUUAUUUGCAACUCUUUUGUGAAACUGUUAUGCUCCACACUCGACGAAGCAGCCACGUUUGUUCACGAGACUCAAGUCCGUAUCCGCCCCCCAAAAAAGAUUCCAACGCCGUAUGGAGGUCGGCUUGAGUGGGUGCUACCCGGAAAGACUAAAGUCAUCGCUCACUUGAAGGACAAAUCCAAGAUUCGACACAGGAAACGAUGGUCGCAAGUCAUGUACAUGUACUACUUGCUGGGUCAUCGCCUCAUGGAAUUAAGUAUCCCUGUCGCUAGGAAAGAAAUGAUUGCCGAGAACACCUACCUGCUCACCCUCGACGGAGACAUCGACUUUCAACCCAACGCUGUCGAAUUGCUGGUGGAUCUUAUGAAGAAGAAUAAAAAUCUGGGAGCCGCGUGUGGUAGAAUUCACCCCGUCGGGAGUGGACCCAUGGUUUGGUAUCAAAUGUUCGAGUAUGCUAUUGGGCAUUGGCUGCAAAAGGCUACGGAGCAUAUGAUUGGUUGUGUCCUCUGUUCUCCUGGAUGUUUCUCUCUCUUUCGUGGGAAAGCUCUCAUGGACGACAACGUGAUGGCCAAAUAUACGCUUCGAUCCGAAGAACCACGCCACUAUGUGCAAUACGAUCAAGGCGAGGAUCGUUGGUUGUGCACGCUCCUCCUCCAACGAGGAUAUCGAGUGGAAUACUCUGCCGCCAGUGACGCCUGGACCCACGCCCCUGAAGGGUUUGGAGAGUUCUACAAUCAACGUAGGCGUUGGGUGCCGUCCACGAUUGCCAAUAUUUGUGACUUGCUGGUCGACUACAAGAGAACGAUCAAGGUCAACCCGGACAUUUCCCUUCCCUACAUUAUUUACCAGUCCAUGUUGAUGGCUGGCACGAUCCUUGGACCCGGUACGAUUUUCCUUAUGUUGGUCGGUGCUUUCGUCGCGGCUUUCAGGAUUGACAACUGGACCAGUUUUUACUACAACAUUAUCCCAAUCACACUCUUUAUCGUCGUUUGUUUUACAAUGAAAUCGGACAUUCAGCUGCUGGUGGCUCAGAUACUGUCCACGGGGUACGCCUUAAUCAUGAUGGCCGUAAUAGUGGGAACAGCGUUGCAGUUGGGAGAGGACGGCAUCGGAUCACCUUCGGCCGUGUUCUUAAUUUGUCUCACGGGGUCGACGUUUAUAGCUGCCUGUUUGCAUCCCCAAGAAUUUUGGUGUGUGGUUCCCGGAGCAUUGUAUCUUAUGUCGAUACCUUCCAUGUACUUGCUCCUCAUCAUCUACUCUCUGAUCAACCUCAACGUUGUGUCCUGGGGUACUCGAGAAGUUCCAACCAAAAAGUCAAAACAGGAGUUGGAGGCGGAGAAGAAGGCAGCCGAGGAGGCGAAAAAACGUGCCAAGAAGGGCGGAUUUUUGGGUUUGAUUCCUGGAACGAAUGCCGACGACACUGAAGGCUCACUCGAAAUCUCCUUUGCCGGAUUGUUCAAACUCAUGUGCUGCACGCACGAGAAGCCCAUUGACGAGAGGCAACAAUUGCUCCGAAUUGCAGAGUCCUUGGAGAAAGUGGGGAAACGACUGGACGGAAUAGAAAGGCAGAUGGACAUCCCUGUCGCCGGAAGACGCAUUUCCACCGUUGCACACUCCGCAGCCAGCCCUCGCCAUCGGGACAACUUGAGUGGGCUGGAGGAAAACAAUGGGGAGGACGGGAAUGAAAACAAGCACGAUGAUGAUGACGACGAUGAAACGUCCUCAUCGGAUACGAGAGAAAAGCGUGACGACAUGAUAAACCCAUUCUGGAUUGAGGACAAGGAUUUGAAACGAGGUGAAGUGGAUUACUUGUCGGGAACGGAACUCACCUUCUGGAAGGACCUAAUUGACAAGUAUUUGAAACCGAUCGAUUCUGAUAAGCAGAAAGAGGCUCGUAUCGCCAAGGCUCUUGCAGAAUUGCGCGACCGUUGUGUGUUCUUCUUCUUCAUGUGCAAUGCAAUUUUCGUGAUUAUCGUGUUCCUUAUGCAACUAAACAAGGAUGCCUUGCAUCUCAAGUGGCCAUUUGGAAUUAAAAACAAUAUUACUUACAACGAGUUGACUGGAGAGGUUUUUGUGACAAAGGAAUAUUUACAAUUGGAACCUAUCGGCUUGGUCUUCGUAGCCUUCUUUGCUCUUAUUUUGAUCAUCCAGUUUGUGGCCAUGUUGUUCCAUCGUUUUGGAACACUUUCCCAUAUUUUGGCCUCCACUGAGAUAUUCACGUGUGGAAAGGAUGUGGACACAAUUAACCCCGAGUUGAACGUGGAAAAAGAUGGAGUCAGGCUUAUCCGACAGUUCCAAAAAUUGAAAAACUUGGAUGGGGACAGCGACAGAGGUGGUGCUGGUGAUGUUGCGAGAAGGAAAACUAUUCACGCCCUAGAAAAACAAAGAAAUUCUAGAAAACAAGUUGGAACGCUGGACGUUGCAUUUGAAAGGAAAUUCAAGGAGAUUCUAAACUCACCCGAUAAGCAAGCGCGAAUUUUGGGAGGUGACCAUUUCCAAGUGACCUUUGAAGCGUUGAAAGAGCGACGAACGAACGUUUUAGAGAGACGAACUUCGAAGGCUGAGCGUAAAAAGUCGUACAUGGAGACGUUGAAGGGUCCCAUUUUGCCACACCCCAACGGUGCUGGUCCCCCUCUCAACGGAAGUCUGGUACCAAACUCGGCUUCCAGGACGCGUGGGAAGGCCCCCAAACCGAAAGUGACGAGCAUAGACUUUGCCAACAAUGGGCUUCCUCCCCCAGCCCACAUGCCUGCACCUGCUCAGCUCAAUCCGGGUUUCUUGUCGGACGAUGAAAUCCAAUUGUAUAAUGUGCAGUCGAAUAGGCGAAAUUCAAGAGACUGGAGAGACCCGGACGUCGGUGGGAGUGGGGAAAACUCUUCCUUGCGAGGUUCCUACGACCAUCUACCCAACCGACGAAAUAAUAACAGUCAGAUGUGAUUAACUAAAAGAGGACUUAUCGAGAUAUUAUUAUUACAAUUAUCUGCCUAAUUAUAAAUGGAAUGCACCACUCUAAAAAAAGCAUGAAAGUGGAUUCAUCAUUCAUGUUUUAUAUUUUUAAAAAAAUACAAAAAUGUAUAUAUUUAUUUUCGUCCGUUCCAUAAUGUUAUAUAUUUUUCUAAUUUUUUAUACAAUGACGAAAAUCGACACAUUAAAAAAAAAUUUCCAUCCCUCAUAGAACAAAUAUAUUAUUGUUCACUUUAUUUUAUUAUGUAUGCCAUACUGUUGGACAAAGAAUUUUACUUCUAAUUUUAAAUUGUUGUACUUGUACUGUGUUUAUAUCCCAAAUGAUACGUAAAGUUGUGUAUGUCAACGACGUAUAAAAAGUAAUUAUUACAAGUACAGAAAAAAAUGACAUCAGCUAUUUUAAAAUGAGCAUGUCGAAAAUGUGAAACAAUUUUUGUAACGAGAUGCGAAUACGCAACGAAUGAAAUUGUUUUAGUAAGAAAUAAAAAAUAUUAUUUUGACGACUGAAUCAA